AUGACUGAAGAUAACGAUACAUUUGCAUCCGAGUUUAUUCUCCUGGGCUUCACAAACCAAGACGACCUGCAGGUGACAUGCUUUAUCUUAUUCCUUGCCGUCUAUGUGGUCACUCUAAUAGGAAAUCUGGGAGUAAUUGUAUUAAUCAGAAUCGAUUCGUGCCUACACACCCCCAUGUACUUCUUCCUAAGCCAUUUGUCUCUCCUGGACAUCUGCUACUCCUCCACCAUCAUCCCUCAAACCUUGCUGAAUUUUUUAGUGGAGAAGAAGGUAAUUUCCUUUGUUAGGUGCGCUGCUCAGCUCUUCUUCUUCGCGACUUGUGCCACCACCGAGUGCUAUGUGUUGGCUGCUAUGGCUUAUGAUCGCUACAUGGCCAUUUGUAACCCUCUGCUCUACUCUGUGGUCAUGUCCCAGAGGCUCUGCGUUGGGAUGCUGGCUGGUUCCUACUUAGCUGGUGUGAUCAGCUCCAUCAUACACACUGUUUCCAUAUUUCGUCUCCCAUUCUGCCAGUCCAAGAGAAUCAAUCAUUUCUUCUGUGAUGGACCACCGCUGCUGGCCAUCUCCUGCUCUGGCACCCAUAUCAUUGAGGCGAUGGUUUCUGCCAUGGUGGGGUUCAACGUCCUAAGCACCACAGUCUUCAUCCUAGUCUCCUACUUGUCAGUCCUCUCCUCCGUCUUGCGGAUCCGCUCCAUGUCUGGUCGACACAAAGCCUUCUCCACCUGUGCCUCUCAUUUGGUCUCCAUUGCUUUGUACUAUGGCAGCUCCCUCUUUGUGUACCUGCACCCUGGCUCCAGACACUCCUUGAAGCAUGACAAGGUGGUCUCCACACUGUAUUCCGUUGCAGUCCCCAUGCUGAACCCACUCAUCUAUAGCCUGAGAAACACGAGCAUGAAGAAUGCCAUGAGGAAAGCAAAAGGUAGAGUCCUCUCCUUCUUGUCUGUCCGCUGUUCCCGGUCAACUGAAAGGAGAGGGUUACCCUUCCAUGGUAAGGAGGGUUAG